GAUCGAUACGUUUAAUUGUAUGUUAAGUACGUUUGUUAGGUUAAAUAAGAUGGAUAAGGCGUGGUGUCUGUACGGCGAGAUGUGGAAGUGAGGGAUCAGUUCAAACAUAUUCACUUUAAAUACGACAAUUAAUCUGUUAAUUAAGGAAGGGAAGUUGAAGAAGGCUGAGGAAGUUGUUCGAUGCAUCGAGUCGUUAGGGUAUAAUACUAAUGUAGGUGACAUACAAUACGAUAAUUCAUGGGUAUUGCAUGAGGCGGGAUUUCGAAGGAGCUAAUCGGGUUAUCGAGACGAUGAUUUCAAAAUAUAUCGAGCCAGACGCCUAUACUUUUGGUUCUUUAAUCAACUGUAUGUGCAAGGAUGGGAAGAUCGAGGAGGCAUCUGAACUUUUCAAGAAAAUGGAGGAAAGUGGAUUAGUUCCGACAGCUGUUGUAUAUAAUAAUAUGAUUGAUGGAUUCUGUAGUAAAGGGGAGUUGGAAAAGGUGUUUAGUUAUAUAGAUCAAAUGGAAAGACGAGGAAUACUGCCGAAUGUUUCGACGUAUAACAUGUUGAUCCACAUGCUGUUGUUGAAAGGGAUGAUAAUCGAGGCUGAUGGUAUGAUAACACAGAUGGUAGCGAAUGAGGUUUUUCCUGAUGUAAUUACGUAUAAUACACUAAUCAAUGGAUAUUUCAGGGCUGGUAUGGUAAAGAAAGCUUUUGGGUUUUAUAAUGAAAUGUUAAGUAAAGGGAUUGAGCCUACUCAGUCGACUUAUACGUCGGUUAUCCAUGUUUUGGCUUCUAUGAAAAAGAUGAAAGUAGUAGAUAAAAUACUCGGGAAUUUGCUAGCGGAAGGUAUAAAACCGGAUCUUAUUACGUUCAAUGCAUUAUUCGAUGGCUAUUGUGCAAACGGACAAAUCGAGAGCGCUCUUUCACUUUUAAAGGAGAUGGAAAGAUUGAAGGUCGACCCAAACGAAGCGACUUACAGCGCUGUGAUAAAGGGUUGUUGCGAGGCGGGUAAGGUUGAAGAAGCUCACCGACUUCUUCACGCGAUGAAUGGAAGGGGAAUUAAACCUGGACUUGUCAGUUACAACACUCUUAUACAAGGCACGUGCAAACUCGAAGGAGGAUAUUACGCUGAGAGACUCCUUAAAGAAAUGGUUAUUAAUGGCAUUUCGCCCAAUGACAGUACUUAUAUCUCUUUGAUGAAAGGACUUGCAAGUAAUGGCGAAGAGAAGGUUUCGGACGAAAUAAAUUGAUAAGCGUAUAUGGUGUUGGAAAAAGACGAAACGAAAAUCCAGCUGAGGUUUUUUCGACAUGGAUUGCUAAAUUGAGGAGUUCACAUGGCUUAGAGACCGUAUUUUCAACUCCUUGCUCCAGCGGGUUUAACUAGCGAGAAGAUUUCUCCAGAAUGUUCAUCGGAAAACGGUUAGUAAAAGUGCAUUUAUGUAAUUUUGUUCAUUGGUUGUCAAUAAUUCAAGAUUCAGUACUUUUGCCCUUGGUAAUAUCAGAUUAUUUCUGUGCUGGUGGUGCUCAGAGAUAUAUAUUAAGUACUGUUCAAUAUUAACAUACUUCUUAUUAGUAAUAUUUAAAUCUUUUUUUCAGGUUACGAAUUUCCAAUCUUAGUGGUACUCGCACUGUGGAUUGUGUGCUCGUACGGCACCAUUUGGAGAAGCUUUAUACGCAGCCGCUUCUCCGACAAGCUUUCCUCCGGCUUUAAUCCUCUCUCUAUCGGUGGUUUUUCAAGGAUGCUGG